CACGCGUCCCACCAGUUCCCAUGUCGGACCCGACCGUACUCAAAUAAUUCCCCUCUACUCCUCUCUCUCUCUCUCUCUCUCUCAGCUUCACAGAAACCACCGCUGCUUCGGUGAUUAACGCAAAGGAGCUCGCGAUGAGAACGAACAACGACGUUCCAGCGUCAACCAUUCAUGUUCCCUCCUCAACCAUAGGCAUAGCCAGUAGUACGGUGGUACUGAAGAAAGACAACUCCUCGGAAGCAGCUGCUUCUGGAUUCUUCGGUAAGAGCCGUCCGUACAAGUUUUGGGCCUUGGCCGCCAUUCUUCUCCUUGCUUUCUGGUCCAUGUUCACCGGCUCCGUCACUCUCAAGUGGUCCACCGUUGACCUUACCCGCUUUGCCGGAGACACCGACUCUCUGAUCCACGACGAUCUUGACAUUCUGGAAGUGGAGGAGAGACAGAAGGUGGUGAGGCACAUGUGGGAUGUGUACACACAAAGCAAGAGUAUCAGACUUCCUAAGUUUUGGCAGGAGGCUUUUGAGGCUGCUUACGAGCUUUUGGUGAGUGAGACUCCCGGCGUCCGAGACGCUGCCGUUUCCGAGAUUGCUAAGAUGUCCAUGAGCUCCAUCGGCCUCCACGCACUUCCUGGUCACUCACAGAGUACUAGACGAUCAAGAAAAAGCCCCAAGCAAGUAGAAAAGGUAAAAGAAGAAAUUACAAUUGGGAGUAGUGAGAGUAGCCGAUAACCGGGAAUCUUCUUGGGUAUACCGUAUAUGCACUCUGCGAUAUCCCACUUCCUGCUUAAAAUUUGGUAGAAGAUGGUGAUGGUAAUACAGAGUCUAUUAUAUGAGAACAAAAAAUGGUUACAUAAAUGCUAGUGAUCUUUUAGCUCUCCCUACGAGUUUUUCACUAGCAGCAUAGCAUCCUUCAGCUUAAGUACCUGGUAAUAUCCAGCAGUUUGUAUAUUUCGCAUUUUCAUAAUAAGCCCAUGAAACCGUGGGGUUUAGUAACUUGUAUUAUGCUGAAUGAUAUGGGGUGACUUUCUAUUGGAAGUAUCAUAAGAUACGAGAAGAAGCAGAUCAUGGUUAUAUAUAAACCUGAGUAAUGCUACUCUUCUUCAUUGUGGAUUUUGUAAUCUUCAAUCACAGUUCUUGUUUUUUCA